CGCCCAUCCCCGUCGCCAUGUUGUUCUCUCAGCGCUGGGCGGGAGCCACGGGAGUCAGUCUCGGGUAGCGCUCUCGCCGCGGCGUCCAGCCUGCCCGUCUCCGACGGUGUCGCUCUCCUCGUUGCCCCGGGACAGGCCAGGCCGGAGCUCGCGGACAUCCUCCGUGCGGCCGGGAGGCACUUCUUCCACCUGUGCUACACUGCUCUAGAGGCCUGAAGAAACUUCCUGCACUCCUAGGAUGAGCCUGGCACAGUGCUGAAUCUCUCUCCUCGUUGUCUGCAUCUGGAGUAAAUCUUUCCAAAAGUUUGAGAGAUGAUGAUACUUGAACUGAACAAUUAAGGUCAGGUUUAUGACCUAUGUAGUAUGCUUUUCUUAUUCAGAUUUCCUUAUAGAAUGUAGUUGAAUUGCUAAAAUUGUAGUUUAACCUUGGUGAAGAUUGUUGCAUUUGGGCAAUCAUUCCAAACUGUGGAUUAUAAAAGACUUGACAUUAUAUUGUAAGUAACACCACAGCUGUUGUUCGUGUCUUUAUUACCUUCCCAUUGAGGGAUUCAUAACAUCUACUCUCAUGUUCAAGCUCCUAUGGUGAUAGCACUGGAAGAGAAGAAGCGGGUGUCCUUGACAAAACCCCUGGCAGGAGGGGAAAGCCGUCGGGGAACACUGUCACUGUGUCACCAAAGGGCUGUUUGAAGUUGUCACAGAGACUUGCCCGCUUCAGCCUCCUACUGCGUCUCUAACAAAUGGUGGCAGGGCUUUUUUGGCUCUGAAGUCAAAGAUCUUGAGAUUAAUAAUGGCAGGAAAAUCAUCACUUUUUAAAGUGAUUCUCCUCGGAGAUGGUGGAGUUGGAAAGAGUUCCCUAAUGAACAGAUACGUGACUAACAAGUUUGAUGCUCAGCUCUUCCAUACCAUAGGUGUGGAGUUUUUAAAUAAAGAGUUGGAGGUAGAUGGACAUUUUGUUACCAUGCAGAUUUGGGACACGGCUGGUCAAGAGAGAUUCCGAAGCCUGAGGACGCCCUUUUACAGAGGUUCUGACUGCUGCCUGCUCACCUUUAGCGUCGAUGAUUCUCAGAGCUUCCAGAACUUGAGUAACUGGAAGAAAGAGUUCAUAUACUACGCAGAUGUAAAAGAGCCCGAAAGCUUUCCUUUUGUGAUUUUGGGCAACAAGAUCGACAUAAGCGAACGGCAGGUGUCUACAGAAGAAGCCCAAGCCUGGUGCAGGGACAACGGCGACUACCCUUACUUUGAGACAAGUGCAAAAGAUGCCACAAAUGUCGCAGCGGCCUUUGAGGAAGCAGUUCGAAGAGUGCUCGCCAUGGAGGAUCGGUCAGACCACCUGAUUCAGACAGACACCGUCAGCCUGCACCGAAAGCCCAAGGCUAGCUCCUCCUGCUGUUGAUCAUUAGGCCGCCCCGUCAUCCUAACCAACUCACACAUACACGCAAAUAAACACGGGGGGAGAAGAGAAUUAGCAUUCGCAGCAGUGGAUCAUCUACUCAUAAAAUUAAACUAAUCAUUGCUGCUUCGUGAUUGGGUGGGGGAAGGGACACACCACUCGCAGAAGAACCUAUUUACUCAGUAAUGGCAUCUUACAUUUAUAAAUUGUAACGGUUGUCUAAUAACAUUUAAUUUAAAUAUGUAAGUUACAGUGCUAAUAGAUGACCAAGACUUUAAUUACAAUUAAAACAAAACACUUGAAUAUUCUAGAAAUAUUGCUCUUUUCCUGGGAAAAUGGAGAACUACUUUUUAUAUAUGUAUAUUUUUAUGUAAUUAGCAUUCUAUUCCUGGUUUGGGGGUAAAAGUUUCCUAAAGCAAUAAUGUUAGAUAUUAAAGAUUAAAAUUGAAUGAAUUUGCACUGCA